UUCAUUUAUUCUCUAGAAUCCGAACAGGCUUGUCUUGGAAUUUCUAGAGCCUUUGGCAAAACUUUUCUACAGAAUAUAUAUGUAUAAUUUGACAAACUCAAGCUAGCGCAAAAGAAAAUUGUCUUGUUUCUACAUGGACAAAACAAACAUGGACAAAAUAUUGAUCAGCAUUCCACUAAUUUUAGGAUUCUUUGGUGUAAUACAGAUAAACGCUCAAACACCUUGCACGCCGGUGGAUGUCACGGUGCUGGAGGUAAAUUAUGUUGGAUGGGCAGGAGGAAAAAUGCACUACACGAAUCUUGGAAAUCUUGGAAUGUCGUACUGGGACGCGAUAGAAUUUUGUCUCUGCCACGGAAUGGAACCAACCUUAAUUAAAGGACCCGACGUGGAUGUGAUGUUGUACAAUUUUCUCCAGCGGCUAUCGGGAAACUCGACUUAUAAUACUCGCCCCUUCUGGCUAAGCCUGAACGAUAACGAUCGAGAAGGAACCUUUCGCUGGUACCAGAAUUCCACCCUUUUACAAGGCUACACAAACUGGGCACCAAACUCGCCAGUCAUUGACCCACAAGGUGGUCCUCACGUCAACUGCGUCUCCGAUCAGCAGUACACAGGUAGACAAACUUGUGUCUGGAUUAACGUUCCAUGUGACACGACUUGUUGGCGACCACUUUGUCAACGCUAGGGAAAAUGCAAAAUUUGCAAAAAAAUAUUUUAAAUUAUUUUAAAACAACAAUAAUUAAGCUAUGUCUUUUACCUAUUUUGAGAAAUAUUUGUAAAAUAUUGACAAAGUGAAAAGGAAUUAUUUCUUUUCUAAAAUCUUACCAUCCAUACUUAUGAAUAAAUCUCACAAUAUAAAAUUAUGGUAAUUUCAUAUUUCGAAAAAAUUCCUCAAAUUUUUGUAAACUCAAAAUACGACGGUUAUGAAAAUCGAAGUUAUACAUACGUAUGUGUGUACAUAAGUACAUUAAAAUUCAAUUGUCUGGGAUAAGUGUGUGAAAUAUUUUCAACUUUAUUUGUCCAAAAUAUUUAAAAUGUCUUCAAUUUCCAUGGAAAAUAAAGAACUUUUUGUUCACUGUAAAA